AUGGCCAUCGGCUCAGCGACGACAGCCGAGAAGGGGAAGUCGGACCCCAUCAUUACCCGGCUCGCCAACGAGGACAAGAAGCUAUGGCUCAAAAAGCCGAACCUGCGGUUCCUCUAUUUUAUGCUCUUCCCAACAUGUAUGGGAAUUGAGUUGACCUCUGGAUUCGACUCUCAAAUGAUCAAUGCUCUCCAGAUCGUGCCGUCAUGGAAGGAAUACUUUGACAAUCCGACAGGCUCGCUCAAGGGUAUCAUUGCGGCUGCGUACUCUCUGGGGGCUAUUUUAUCCCUUCCGUUCAUCCCAAUGGUCAACGAGAGAUUUGGUAGACGAGGAUCAAUCUUCGGUGGCUCGCUCGUUAUGGUGGUUGGUGCUCUCAUCCAGGGUUUCUCACAGCACGUUGGCAUGUACAUCGUUGCACGAAUGAUCCUCGGUUUCGGAAUUCCAACUUGUAUCGUCUCUGGGUCUUCUCUUAUCGGAGAGCUGGCAUACCCCAAGGAACGUCCGGUGCUCACGUCAUUGUUCAAUGUUGCCUACUUCGUCGGCCAGAUCACCGCAGCAGCCAUUUGCUUUGGAACAAACAGCAUACCGAGCGAUUGGGCGUGGAGAAUACCUUCACUACUGCAGAUUUGCCCCUCUGUGCUUCAGAUUUCCUUCGUAUUCUUCCUCCCCGAAUCCCCUCGCUGGCUUAUAACAAAGGACCGGGUCGAAGAGGCGCAAGCGAUCCUCGUCAAGUACCACGCAGAAGGCGACGCGGAGUCGGAAUUUGUCAAGGCGGAAAUGGCGCAGAUCCGCACCACCAUCGCACUCGAGGUCGAGGCGUCCAGUAAGUCCUGGGGUGAUCUCUUUGCGACCUCGGGAAUGCGCCGCCGCCUGCUCAUCACUUGCAUGCUCGGCCUAUUUACCCAGUGGUCCGGCAACACCCUGAUCAGCUACUACCUCGGCGACCUGCUCAAAAUGAUUGGCAUGACGAACUCUACAGACGUGCAGAAGAUCAACGUCUCGAUCGCGUGCUGGAGCAUGAUCUGCGCAACCAUCGUGGCGUUGCUGGUGGUCAAGAUCCGCAGACGGGUCAUGUACCUGAUGUGCACCAUCAGCUUGCUGCUUUGCUACAUCGCCUGGACCAUCUCUAUGCAGCAGGCCCAGACUGCGGCGGAAGCCGGGACACCGAAUGGCUCGGCGAACAUUGCAACACUAUUCUUCAUUUAUGCUUACAGUCCGUGUUACAACAUGGGAUAUAAUGCUUUGACAUACACGUACAUGGUUGAAGUCUGGCCGUACGCAGAACGAUCCCGUGGUAUUGCUGUCUUCCAGCUCUUCGGCCGCUUGGCCGGCUUCUUCACCACCUUUGUCAAUCCCAUUGGGUUGCAAGACGUUGGCUGGAAAUACCUCAUCUCGUACUGCUGCUGGCUUGCGUUCGAAGUCGCGUUUGUCUACUUCAUGUUCCCCGAAACAUUUGGGCGCACUCUGGAAGAGCUCGCUUUUAUGUUCGAGGACAAGAAACUUGCAGACGAGGCGGUCAAGGCGACUGAGAAGGCUAUUGCAAAUCAUGAUGAGGAUAAAGGCGACAGGAUUGCAGUGACUGAGAAACUGGACACCAAGACUUGA